UAAAAAAACAAGAACGUUUUGAAAGAAGAGUUCCAUUGAAGGUGUUAAGGAAAAGCGAACCUCUCAUCCAGUUUCUCUCCUCCACUGUCAAAGUUGUUCUGUGGACGCUUAUUCCACAACGUUCACUCCUCCCCAUUCGAAACCGGGCCUAAUUGCUCGGGCCUGAAUCGUUAUCGACCCGACUUCUCUCGGCGGUAAGAAACCUUGGCAUUCGAAUUUCGAACAGCGAGUCGCGUUUCACUUGAUUGUUGACCGCCGGCGAUGAGAGACACACGCACUCUCUCUUUUUUAUUCUUUGUUUACUUUCUCAAUCGAAUGAUUUAAAACAUAGGAUUUAUGUAUAUUUAUCAUUAUUUAAAUAUUUAUUAAUUUAUUCAAAUGCCAUUUUUGAUUUGAUGUGAGAAAGAUAGGAAAAUUUUACAUUUAUUUCAGAUAUUUGUUUCUCAACUUUGAACACUUUUUGAACUCUUGGAUUUAUAACUGCUGUUCACCCAAUACAGUGACUGUUCUAUCUUCGUCCAUUUUCAACAGUUCAAACACGAUUUAUAGAAAACAAUUAGAAGAUGACGGAUUUUUCCUAAAGUGAUAAUUCUGGCAAUGCAGAUAGGUGUUAUCCAUCGAUACGGUGAUCCCUCAUGGACUUAAGCGUUCCAAAGCGGCCCAGCACACCCCCGCCGGCCCCACUUAAGCCGAUCUAUCCUACAUCACCAGUCACCCCACCCGGUCCAGUAUCUCUGUCCGGCAUGGUCCACUUCGCUGCCCCCGGUGGCGCAGCCGCUUCCUCACCGCCGAGACCCAGCGACUUGGUACCGCCACCACCACCAGCGGGUGCUCUCCUUACAUCGUCCGCAUCUCCAGCUGGGGUCUCCGUCGAACCACCUACUUUCUCUUCGGGACUACUAUCUGGUAAUUUAAGUCCUCUAUAUCUGAACACACGCCUUAAUGAUUCUUUACCCCAGCCAAGGAUUGUCCAUGACUUCUCUCCCUAUGGACUUAGGCCUUACGAUUUUGCUCGCCAACUUCUUACCUCACAGACAGCAGUGAAUAAAAUUUUAGGUAGGUACUAUGAGACUGGUUCUCUUCGCCCUGGUAUAAUAGGAGGUAGCAAACCUAAAGUUGCCACACCUGUAGUCGUCGCCAAAAUAGAACAAUACAAAAGAGAAAAUCCUACUAUUUUUGCAUGGGAAAUUAGAGAAAGGCUCAUUUCAGAGGGAGUUUGCACAAACAGCACGGCACCUAGCGUUAGUUCCAUUAAUCGAAUCCUAAGGAAUCGUGCGGCGGAAAGAGCUGCCGCGGAAUUCGCUCGGGCAGCCGGGUAUGGAAUGUACCAUCCCUACGCUGCUGCCGCCGCUUUUCCCUGGAGCGCCGCGGCAGCCGCAGCAGCAGCUACUACUCCCCAUAUCUGGCCUACUUUUCAUGCCGGAUCAGCCGGACCACUGGCGACUGGAUCGCCAGUGGAUCCAUCAUCUUUAUCCAGUUUAAAUAGUCUAAGAGACCAACGCUCUAUGGAUAAGGAUUUGGAUGAUGGAGCAAGUUCUGAUUCCGGUGAUCGGCCCAAGUUUCGUAGAAAUCGCACUACUUUCAGCCCUGAACAAUUAGAAGUUCUCGAAGAAGAGUUUGAAAAAACACAUUAUCCAUGCGUCAGUACGAGGGAGAGGCUAGCAGCAAAAACUAAUCUAUCUGAAGCUAGAGUUCAAGUCUGGUUUUCUAACAGACGAGCAAAAUGGCGACGCCACCAGCGAAUGAAUAUGAUGAAGCCCGUCAAUGGAGUCAUCCCUCCUACAUCGCCCACCCCAAGCCUCAGUCCAGUGCCUUCACCAGAACCAGUAGGACCAACUAGUCAGCCGCCACAACCACCAAGGAUCAUGGAUCAUCUACCAAAGAUGGGAGGGGAGAACUCUGCUUUCACUCCAGCUGCUCGACAAACAUCCUCAUCUCCAUCUUCCGACUGAACAUCUAUCUUGAGCAUCUUCUCAGUGGCCAUGAAUCAUUCAUGAAUACCAUAAAACUGUUUACAACUAGGCAAUGUCCAUCAGGUCCAGCACUGAUAGCCUCGCAUGAGCAUAUUACGUGCUGGGUAACUUGCCACAUCAUAAAACUGCAUCUCAUUAUGUGUCUUCUCUUUCAUUGUGUGAGAAAGUAUUUUGCUUAGAGAGUCAUCCUAAUGGGUUUUAAUGCCAUCUGUUGUUAAGAUUUGGCAACAAUUUAGAUCUGAGAUACUUUUCACGACCUUCUCUCACGUUCGUCAUGAAGGUUGUAGUUUUAUACAUUUGCAUCGAUUUUUUUUAUGAAUGGAAUGUAGAGUGUUAUUGAAAAUAAUACACAUAUCGGAGUAGACUGGACAAUCUUUCUCUCACAUUUUAUGUGAACAUCUGCAAUAUUCUCUUUUGUGAGAGGGGGUUAAGUGUGAUUUCUAACUGCGUUGUACAUAGACUUUUCAAAAAGGGUUAACAGUUACAGUUGACUCUGGUGGUUUGUGAAAUUAGCUUGAUGAAUAUUUAAAGCGAAAUCUAGGUUGAACAAUGAAGUUUGACCUACUCAAAUUCUUAAUUUAAAUAUUUGAACUGUUUGCUUAAAUGUGAUCUUAAUAUUAUUUGAAAUAUUGAAUUAAAUUUAUUUGCUCUAAGUAAACGGUUGAAUCCAUUGUCGUAUAAUAAACUUAAUUUAUACAACUACCCAAAAUUACGGUAUAAUAUUAAGAAUAUACCACUGAAGGAAUUAUCUAAUAUUUAGAACUAAAUUUGUAACUUGAAAUCAUUUAAAUUGUGCACAAAUAAUAUGCUACAUUUGAAAGGCUUAGGGUAAGACAUUGAUAAACUAAAUUUUUUAAAUAGCUCAAAAGAGCGUUUUCGGUAAAACGCCAUGAUUUCUACGUAGUCAAUGAGUCUUUCUCUCCAUUAUGCUGCCAUCUAGUGGAAAUUUCAUAAACGAGUAAGUAAUCUAUCUUGAAAAAUAUAUAUAUAUUACAAAACAAUAUGACGUAAAAAAAAUUACACCUUUGAAAAAAAUGUGGCUUUACACUUUAUUACCCUAAGCCCUUCGUAUCCAGAUUUUGUUUUUAUUUAAGUAAUUUUAUAUUUCACAUAGUUGCUUGGUAAUUAUUAUAAAGCUAUUGUAUAAAUUGUUUUAUCAAUUGUGUGAAAUUGAAAUAAAAUUGAACCCAGUGAAAUAUAUAAUCCGGUGAAAGUGCUUUAAAACAAGUAUUUGCAGUAGUAUGUUUUUAGAAUUGAAAAAAAAAAAACCCGGUUGAUCUUACUUGGAAUGAACGAAUUUUGUUUCAGAUUCGUACAAAUAAAAAAAAAAGGGAAGGGGGGGGGAAUGAUAAUCCAGUGACAAAUAACAUUCUAGUGAAACUACUUUCAAGCAAAUUCUAGAAAUGAUAUGGGUUUAAAUUGGAAAUAAAAAAGAGUCUGAUCUGAUUCAGAAUUAAAAAUUUUCAUUUCCGAACACCACAACUAAAAAUUGUGAUAAACACAAUUCAUUGACAAUGAAUGAAAAUAUUUUACUGCAGAUCCUUCCAAAUAACAUGUGUUAAGAUCCGAACAGAAACCGGUUGAUCUGAUUAAAGAAUUCACGAUUUUUGUUGUAGAUCAUAAGUAAUAAUAUAUGAAUUGAAAAAAAAAAACUGCUUUUACUGCGAUUUCAAAUACCGAAUUAAAGAAGCAAAUCACUCAUUGUUGUGAUAAAUCAUGUAAGGAUAUUUUUAUAGUUUGUCUACAGUAAGAACUCCCCGAACCGUCUGGAUCCGUAGCGUUGACUAUGGUAACAAGGUAUAACCAUUUCAAAUAGGGGUGUGGGGUUACUGUUUAGGACAGGUUUUAUAUCAGGUUGGCGAAAGAAAGGGAAGAUUUUUCUUCAGUCUAUUUUGUUAGCCCUAGAGUGAAGAGAAGCUACCCUCCCUGAAAUGCGCUAUUCUUGUUUCCAUAGCAGCAGACAGUCGCAAACUUUGUGGAGGGGGGAGUUCUUAGCGUAGACAAACUAUACUUGUCAUACGCUCAAAAAUCUGGACCUGAUAGGGUAGUGUUGAAGUACUGGAAAAAAAACCUGAUUAAAAAUUUAAGUAUAUAUAACUGACUAAAUUCAUAAAUUUAAGUGUACAGAAGUCAAAGUUUACGCAUUUAUGCAUAAAAAUGUUUAACUAUUUUUUGUUCCUGGAACUGCAAAAUUACUAGGAAACUUAUAUUUUAGCGUUAAAAUACAAAAAGAAGGAAGCAUAAAUUUCUUUUUUUUUUUAAAUAAUAAAACUAUAUUUCACACAACUUAAGCAUAUAGCUGUAGACAUACUUAAUUUGAGUAAAGCUUUUAUAGCUUUAGAUGUAUAUUGCUGCAACGAAAAGUAUUUUAAUAGAGCUUGCUUUUUUUUCAAAAAAGCUUAAUAUUUUAAAUAAAUCGAAAACAACUUUAAAAAUAAUUAGAAUUAUAAAAGUCAUUUUCAUAACCAUUUUCCUUA